AUGGGGAAAAUCAACAAUUUUCUGGGGUUAAAUAUUCGUCAAAGCAGUGAAGGUAUCUUCAUCAAUCAAGAAAAGUACUCUCGAAAUCUACUUGAAAAUUUUGGGAUGACGAAUAGUUCAAAGUUGCGAGUGUCGCUGGCUGUUGGAACAUGUCUUGGUCCUUCGUUGGAAAAAUCGACUAUUGAUCUCACAUUAUACCGAAGCAUGAUUGGUUCUUUAUUAUAUCUUACAGCAAGUCGACUUGAUAUAAUGUUUGCUAUUUGUAAUUGUGCUAGGGUUUUCAUUCAAGCGCUUUCAGAUGCAGACUUGGGUGGUUGUCAACUUGAUCGUAAAAGCACAAAUGGUGGACGUCAAAUUUUGGAUGGGAAGCUUGUGAGCUGGAAAUCCAACAAUCAAAGAUAUGUUUUGAUUUCUACAUCAGAAGAAGAAUAUGUUGCUGCUGCAGCCUGCAUUUCUCAGAUCAUUUGGAUUCAAAGUCAACUACAUGAUUAUGCAAUCAACAUUACGAAAAAGGUUAUUGGUCAUUGGACCACCUUCGACAUACUUCGCUUUCAACAUUCGACUGAACGAUUUAUUAACAGCCGGAGGAUUUCUGGAGCAGCAACGGCGGCAACCAGAGGAUUCCCUCAUAGUUCAGCCGCUACUACGAGGAUUGCUACUACCUGA